UUGAGCUUUGACAGCGGCGGCGACUUUAUCAAGGCUACUCUAAUUACUGCACACACGUAAAAAAACUCAUCAAGGAUCAGUUUAAAGUUCAAACCUUGGACGGAUAGAUUCGACGCUAGUUUAAGAGGACGGUAAUCAAGGAGGAGGAACUCUUACACACACUGAAAGGUUUCGAUGGUAGCCUUUCCACCGAUGAAGGAAGCUAUGAAGGAGUAAAAUUUAAAGAAAAGAACCGUCACGCUAGUAACUUCCCAAAAUAUAUCAAUCAACAAUCAAUGCUCCACACUGACUGAGCUAAAAUUCGUUAGAGAUGGAAAAAGAGAGCGGAAGGUCGUGCAAAUCAAAUUUGCGAUUGUUGCUGCUGAGUGUCUGUUUAGUUAAUUUCGUGAUCGUUCUUUCCUACUAUAGUGCUGGUAAUUUGGGUCAAAAUGCCACAGCUAUCCCUGAUAACGAUUUUAUGAAAGAGGUGGAAAAUGAGGUUGCAAAAGAGGAGAUCAUUCAACCUGCUUCAACACAAAUAGCUGAAGAAUCGAUUUGCUCAAGACCAAUAGUGUCUGUUCAAUGUGGUGGACGAUUAGGAAACAGAAUUUGGGAAUAUGCUACAGCCUGGGCGGUAGCAAAAAUGCUCAACCGCACAGUCUUCGCUCCAAACGAAAUUCUAGAUUCGCUGCAGCCUGUUUUUGAAAAAUUUCAAAAAAGAACCUCACUAGAAGACAUAAUGAAAAGAUGCAAAAUUACUGAGAAGCAGCUUGUACUAGUCAAUAAUAUUGGUUCUAUUGAAACCCUUGCAGCAAAAUAUCCAUCUCAAAAUAUACUUUUGCGCAAGUACAUAGUUGAUCAUAAAGUAGUUUACCCGUACAUUCAGGAAUUCCGAGAAGAGUUUCGAUUCCGGCCAGAAAUUCUGCAGAGUGCAAGAGAGACAAUAGCGCUCGCAGGAGGCGAUGGAAAAACUCUGAUUUCAAUCCACGUGAGACGAACUGACUUUUCAAAGUACUUACCGUCACGCUUUAACACCUCUCUAGUUGACUCGACUUAUUUUAAGAACGCUAUGCAGUGGUACCGAAUGAAACUGGACGGACCUUUGCUUUUCUUGGUUGUGAGCGACGACGUGAAAUGGUGCCGCAAAAAUCUUGCUAAAGAGACGAGCGACGUAAAAAUCGUGUCCAAAGGUCCAGCUCAUGAUUUAGCUGUGAUGAGUUUGUGCAACUACUCGAUAAUUGACUACGGGACUUAUGGAUAUUCUGGGGCGUUCUUCUCUAAAGGGACCGCAGUCACGUUGGACGUUAACAAACCUUUGGCAAACUAUAUGGCCGAACAUGCUGGAUGGACAGUUUUCAGCAAGGAAAUACAAGAUUUGAAGAUACUUUGACAAAGAAAAACUGUCCAUAGGACGUGUGUGUAAAUUUUUUGUUCAGAUUUAAAGAUUUAAUUUGAAAUAUGCAAACGAUAAAUGAUUAUAAAUUAAUAAAUCAUUAAUUAAUUAUAAA